AUGGUUCCUGAGUGGCGGAUGUCUAUUUGGCUCACAGGUGCGGUGGCCUUCCCUGUGGGUCUGUUUUGGUUCGCCUGGACCGCUGCGUACCCUAUAUACGUACAUUGGAUUGUGCCGAGUGCCAGUGGAGUUGCGACUGGCUAUGGGCUUCUUACCAAAUUCAUCGGAUGUUUCAAUUUCAUCCUCGACGUCUAUAGAACCAAUUCUGCAUCCGCCUUUGCCAUAGCAACCAUCUCACGUUCGGCCCUCGCCACCGGCUUUCCUAGGUUUGCAAAACAAAUGCUCCACAAUCUCAGUGUCCCGUGGGCAAACACACUACUGGGGUGCUUUGCCACGCUUCUCGUCCCGGUUCCCAUAUGCUUCUGGUUACGGGGGCCGCAGAUUCGAGCACGGAGUAGCUUUGCCGUUGACAAUGUAUUUUUUCCGAAUCAAGGUGGUGGUGAUAAGAAGCAGGAGGGCGCACCUAACGACAGAGAUGUAGCGAGGGCAGAUAUGGAGAUAGGGCGAGCUGUGCACCCCAACAUAAGCGGACGAGGCCGGGAUGAGGGUCGCCCAGAAAUGAAUGCCAUGGACUCAGACUCAACCGUCGUGAGCAGCGUUUGA